CUGACGCCCAUAGAUUCAAUUUCUCCUCCCGUGUGACUUACACAUGAAUACAUGCAACAUCACGCAGGGCCCAGCGGCUUUUCAUGAAGCUUCAUAGCUUCUCUCUUCCCGAGCUGAGAGGAGACAAUGCACGACUCCGUAAACCCAUGGUGAUCACCGAACCAGCCCCGCGGCCGCUGCCCGGCGUCCUCUUACCUUCUCCGGGGCACCAUGGGCUCGUAAGAUGCCUUCUCUGUGGAAACGAAUAACAUUCUCGGUGGCCUCGGCGCUGUGUGUCGGCUCGGUGGCCCUCCUGGUAGUGGCCCUGUCCACAGAGCGGUGGGUUGUCGGGCGGAUCUUGUGUAAAACCGGGGUGGACAUUGUGAACGCGUCCAGUCCGGAGAUGGACCAGUUUAUAGGGGACAUUUACUACGGUUUGUUCCAGGGAGGAAAGACCAAGAGGUGCGGACUCGGGAACAGGCGCUCCAAAAUAUACAUUUUUCCAAAGCUGGUGCAGAGGCUGAAUGGGGGUCUUCACAUGAUGGUGAUUCUCUUCCUGCUGGUGGCAGUUGGCUUCGCCCUGGUCAGCCUGUCCUUCUGCAUUUACAACGCACGCAAGUUCCCCUACCAGAGCAUCAAAGGGCACAAAGGACUCUAUCUAUGGAACUUCAUUGCUGCUCUUUUUGGUGCCCUGGGGGUCCUUUGUUUCCUGGCAGCCAUGAAGCACCACCGUCUGACUGAGCGGGUGGCAAACCAUGGAGAGAACCUCUUCAUCCUGGAGGUUCUGGAUGACAGCCUGGACUGGUCCUUCUGGCUGGGAGUUGGCAGCGUUGGGACUCACUUCGUCGUUUGUGGAGUGGUCGCCAUGAGUCGCAUCAAGUUGCCCAAACCGGAGAUUAAGAAGCCGGAAGAGCCCACAAUCUCUGCCCUGGACCUGCUCUACUAAAGAAAACACACACAUGUUUGCGUGGCUAUCUUUGUGGGGACUUUCCAUUCACUUCCAUUCAUUUCUACAGUUUAGACCUUACCCUUAACCUAACCCUAACAGAAACUCAAUUCACACCUAGAUCCUAAAUCUAACCUCUGACCCCAAAAACGUUGUUUCCCCUUGUGAAGACUAGGCUCCGGCCCCCACAAGGAGCCGUGGGUCCCCACAAUGUAGUAUGAGUCAGGAAAAUGGUCCCCACAAGGUAUUAUAAACAAGCACAUACACAGAGAGAAAAAUAGUUAUUGGUUAUGUCUUCUUCUUUUAGCGUGGAAAAGAAAAAACACUUACUGACAUUUGUGAUGAUACGGAAGCUAGAAGCUUUUACAGAAGCUAGACUCAUUUCACACUCAUCCUCACUGAAAACUGAUUUUAAAGGACCUUAAUGUUUAUUUGUUGUUAUAGGUUCUGAAUAGAUAAUCGAUGAAAAAGCCAACUUGUCCAGUUUAGACAGAGGGAUUUAUUGUUGGGUUUACUUUGGUACUGUGGACGAUGAAGAGUGGUCCAACAGAAUCACUCUGAACAUUUUACGUUCAGUAUUGUAAAUUUGGUUUGUGUAGUAAAUAAAUGUCUGUAAAUAUGCUAUUUAUUUUUUCAUUGUACAUACAGAAUGUAAAUUACAGACAUUUGAAAUAUCAUUCCCAGUUAUCUGAUCCUUUUGUGUAUGUCUUGUUCCUAUUCAAAGCCUCUUUUAAGGCUUUAUGUUACUCUGCAUGAUUGCCUGUUGGAUCCAUUGAAUUAAUUUUGCAUUUGCUCAAGAAGCACAAAUGGGAAAAAAACACUUGAUCUUUGGUUUCUAACCAGUAGAUAUCUAUGAAUCUUUAUGUAAGUCAAGAACGCUCAUCAUUUUAUGGUAAAGUCCUGCAUUUCUGAAACUGUUUAAGGUGGCCUAAGUUUGAGCAGGAAAUUUUCUUUUUGUUUAGGAAACCACCCAAUGCAAACAAUAAUCUUGAAACAAUCAAGCAAAAUAAAUAUAAGAUUGCAUGUAAUUGCAUAUAUGAUUCACUGUAGGCUCAUGUUACAGUAUCCAUAC